CCCAGUGGUAGAAAAAGAAAGCCAUCUCCAAGGCUCUCCCACUCCUUAUGUUUCUAAUGUGAGGAUACACCAAUAUCUGUUUUAUUGUCCUCUUCAAUUAUUUUUAUUCUUCUCAGAGUCUGUAGCUAUCAUGGGAUCGUCCCGACACAAGCGUGCUCAGCUGGCAAGUCCACACGAUAACCAGAAAUCAAAAAAGCGCAAGGCCGCCAACACAGACGACGAAUAUGAUUCUCCCGAUCUCGAAGAGACGAAGCCAAAACGAGCUCGAAAGAAGAAUGGUGAAGAAAAACGUCUCAAGCGUCACCGGGCCCGGCCUCCUCGCACUUAUAUCGAGCGACUUCAUCGUGUAAGAAUCCAACGAAUGUUUCUACUUGACCGAAAUAGGAGUACCAGUGAAGACGGAACACAUGAAGAGGAGGUAUUUGACAUUGCUGGAACUACUGGAAAUGUUUACAAUGUUACUAUCUCAAAAGUUCUAGACUGUUCCUGCCCGGAUUCAUCAAAGGGCAACCAAUGCAAACAUAUCAUCUACGUAAGCCAUACCCUUUUCUAUACAAGGUUGGUCGCUGAAGGAUUAGGUUCUUGUUAAUGUCCUCAAAGCUCGGGAGGACUUAGCAUACCAACUCGCAUUCUUGACUACCGAACUUGAGGAAAUAUUUAGCAACGCUCCUGUCAGACCACAGUCAGAUGGAGCGACUGCAACCGCCACAGAGACAGGAGGGCACCGCAAACCAAUCGAAGGCGAUUGUCCCAUUUGUGUAAUGGAAUUUGAGGAAUCUGACAAGUCCGACACGAUCAUUUGGUGCAAAGCUGCUUGUGGAAACAACGUUCACAAGCGUUGCUUUGACCGGUGGGCUCGGAGUAAACCGGGAGAAGUCAAGUGUGUAUACUGUCGAACUCCAUGGAAAGGCGACGAGAAAGAUCUCAAGGGAAUUAGUAAGCGUGGUAAAGUCAAUGAGGAGGGGUAUGUUAAUGUUGCAGGACAGUUGGGACUCAGUGGACACCGAGAUACAAGCACAUAUCAUGAGCACUGGGCCAGGAGAGAGUUUGGAGGUGGUUAUUAUUGA